AUGGAUACAACUAUGGUAGCAAACUUAAACCCUGCUGAUGGAGACAAGCCAAUAGAAAUAAAAGUCAUUAGGAAAUGGUUAUCAUAUGGGAAAAAAGUUGAAUGUUGCUACAUAUUCCUUGAUAAAAGUAGAGAUGCAAUAGAAGCAUGUGGUUGCUUGGGAGAUAAAGGCUACUUUGAUUCGAUAAUUAGGAUGGAUGGCAGGGCAGCAAAAUUUGAAGAAAUACGUGAUGAGGGAUUUCCUGUGUACUACUUCAAUUUUCUUGCAUAUGGUCAAUUAGGUGCAAGGCUUGAUAACCAUAAGACACUCACAGAUUAUAUCGAAAGAGUUGAAAAUGUGUAUGAAGUAGUCAGAACUCAAGGAAAUGCAAUUUUGAAACUCAAACUAGAAAAUUUGAGUGGAACAAUGAUUGAGAUAACUUUUUGGGAUAAGGCGGCUAACUCAUUUGAUAAAGAAGCUAUUGAAUCAUUACCUUCUCCUGUUAUUGUUGCUAUUACUUCAAUGAAAGUCACACAGUAUCUAGGAAAUUUGCAAUUGACAGCAACUCCAGCCUCAUAUAUUUACAUCAACCCCACUAUUCUCGAGGCUGCUUCAAUGGCUGCUGAGUUUGUCGAACGACAUAAGCAAAAUCCCGUACUCAAGAUAAAAUACCAAAAAAGUAAAGAUAUACAUGUCGAAAAGAAAAGAAAUAGGUUUCCAUUGGUAGACUUGCUAUCUCAAAACCCAAACCGUUAUGCAGGAGCUCAGUUCACUUGCAAAGCAUCUCUGGUUAGCAUAGAUGCAAGCAAGGCAUACAUCGCAGAUGAGACCGCUCAAGCAAAGAUAGUCUUUUUUGAUGUUGCAGCUAGAAUGUUGUUCCAAACAGAUUGCAACACACUCAUUGAUCAUCAUGGAUACACUGAUCCCUACACGUUGCCUGCACCCCUCACCAUUCUCAUAGGCCAGCCAAAAAUAAUUCAAUUCCGAUUCACAAGAUUUUGUAGGCUGGGUGCUAAAGACUUUGUAGCAGAUGCUGUUUUUAAAGAUAUAGUUUCUCCAGAAAAAGAAAGUCACACAGAAACAGCCAUUAUCAACCAACCAACUACCUCAGCAUCAUCAAAAAAUAAAAAACACUCACUGCAUCAACUGAUCCUCCAUCUACGGCUUCUGUUACUCCAGCAAAAGCCCUUCAAGAGCAUCUCACAACAUCAUCCAUCACACCCGCUUCUGCUGAAACUAAACAUCACCAAAUGA